UUCCAAUUUUGUACGCAAUACACACACAUCGUUCCCUUUUGAUUGUUUUAGUUUCUUGUUCCAUUAACGCAAAAUGUUUCCCAAGCGGAACUUUCUGCUCGAGAAUCGACUGUUGGCCGCUCGUGUGCAUCAGUCGUCCGUGAGGCCGCCGCUGAAGUACCACAACUACGAGAUGCCCACGGCGGCUUCGCUGGCCAGGCGCACGGCACCCGCAGCCGUGAGCCGCAAGAGCGCUCUGGUGGAGCGACCUCGCAGAAGCUGCUCGGAGAAGCAAAUCCAGACGGAUGACAUUUGCGACGAGCUGUUCCUCAGCGCGGCGCUGCUCAAGUGCAGCGAGCACGGCCAGACGAGAGCCACGCACAGCGAGGGCGAUGAAUGCAGCCCGCCGCUGACUCUGGGCCUCAAGCACAUUGCCGGCGGAUGUCUGCGACGCACCACAUCCAACUUCGAGCUGGGCAGAGUGGCCGAGCAACGCUGUGGCCACCAGGCCGGUGGUCAGUACACACUGCACCGGCUGUUGGGCGGCGUUGCCGGACCUGUGGCUGGUUCCGAGCUGGACCAGUUGGACGAGAGUUCAUCCAUUAGCUCGGGCGACUCGUCGCGUAUGGGAUCGCCGCAGGUGCGCCAGGCGGCCAUACCAGAAAUCACAGACGUGGACCAGGAGGAUCCGCUCAGCGCACGCUCCCGAACCUCCAAGUGCAGUGAGCUGUCUUCUGCCCCUGCUGCAUCAACAGAGGUGGAGCGCGUGUCAGAAGAGCCAGAGGCUCAGCAGCAGCCACAGCUGGAGCAGCAGCAGGAGCCGAAGGUUAAGGUGGAGGAGCAUCGCAUCCUGCUGUCAGAGGCCCAGCGCACAGAACUGAUUGAAGAGGCACGUGGCCUGCGCAGCCUGCUGAUCGCCGAGUGGAAUCGCUUGCCACUCUCCACGGCCACGCUUCGUGUGCGCAACCUGAAGCGGCAGCUGGAGCAAAAACUGGACAUUGUGGACAAAGAUCUGAGCGUGCUCUCCCAGCAGCGGGUGUACGUCAAGCAGGCCAGCUCGGAUUCAGCUCGCAGGUUCUUCCAUUGA